AUGGAGGCAAGCGCUUCAGAGAAAGCAACUGCUUUGGCAGACCUUGAGGCCAUUCGGACUGAUCUUCAAUCAAAGCUGGCAAAUGCACAGGAGGAGGUCCAAACGGCAAGGGAAGCACAGCAGGCGAGUGAAGAGGCUUGCCGGAAGAUGGAGGCAAGCGCUUCAGAGAAAGCAACUGCUUUGGCAGACCUUGAGGCCAUUCGGACUGAUCUUCAAUCAAAGCUGGCAAAUGCACAGGAGGAGGCUCGUUCAGCAAAAGAGACUAAUCAUGCCAGUGAGGAGGCUUGCCAGAAGAUGGAAGCCCGUGCUUCAGAGAAAGAGACAGCUGUGGCAGACCUUCAGGCCAAAAUCGAAGAGUUGAAAACAGCCUUGGCCACCGCCAAGUCAGAGGCAGAAGAACUGAGACAGUUGGCUGAGUCCAAAGAGGUUGAAAAACAGACCUUGGCGCAAGCCAUUGCCACCAGCAAGAAGGAGGCUGAUGACAAGGAGACCAAACUGUCCCAGGUUGAGGCACAAAAAACAGAAUUGGAAAGGCAACUGAAAGAGGCCAAGGACGAGGCUGCCGCAUAUCUUCAUGCUCAACUCUCAGGGUCGGAGGCCAGUGAGAAACUCCAGGAGAAGUUGGCAGUGUUGGAGGCAGACAAGGUAAGCCUGGAAAAACACGUUGAAGACUUGAAGAAGGAGGCAGAAACCAAAGAGGAGUCAUUGCUUCAAAAGGCAAAAGCAUCAGAGGCUGCUACGGCGGAAAUUCACUCCCAACUGCUAUCGGCCAAGGAGGAGGCGGCAUCUCUGCAAGCCCAGCUCUCUACGACUGAGGUGGCAAAGGUUGAACUUGAGAAGAGCUUAAAAGAAAGGGAAGAAGUGGUUUCCAGCCUCCGAGCAGAUGCUGCGAAGCUUGGGGAAGAGAUUCAGAACAUCAAGCUGAGUGAAGCAAACAAGGCAGAGGCCGAAAGUGCUUCCCAGACUGCCCAGGUUUCUGCACUGCAGGCAGAGAACAGGCGCUUAGACGCGCUUCUUCAGGAGGCCAAUAAGCAAAAGGAAGACAUCAAGAAGGCCAACAGCGGCCUCCAGGAGGAAUGCCAGCGAUUGCGAGUGGACAAUCAGGGCCUUGAGCAUGAUGUGGUGGACCUGGCAAGGAUGUUGACGGAGCUGAAAGCUGCAGUACACCAGCCUGGUUUGCCGGUGGUGAACUUGGAGGCUCAUAGCCGACUCACCCCGAGGUAUUGCUACUGCUGCUGGCAAGAGGAUCCCAAGAAGCAGCAGCAAACAGUCCUAGAUGUGUCAGAUGAGCGGCAGCGCACAGUGGUUCACACAGAAAACGCCAUGUCUGAAGUCAAGGAGGAGGAGGACACGCCGCACACCUUCAUGGUGAAAUUCCAAAGAAAGGGACCUCUGUCGAUCGACAAGACUGACAUUCACAAUGUUGUCAUAAAGGACGUGGCAGGCCCUUUGAUUGACUGGAACGAAAGUCAGGCUUCGGAACAUCAAAUAAGAAGAUAUGACAGAAUUGUACAAGUCAAUGGGAAAAAGAUUUCCGGUGUGGAUGUCGACUUGCACAUAGAGGACAAAGGCAGAGCAGAUGUUCUUCUCACUCUGCAGCGCCCUGUAAAGCGCAAGUUGACAUUGCACAGACCGGGGAAGCUGGGCGUCGAUCUUCAGUACCGGAAGUCCAGUGCAAAGCCCUGGUUGACGAACAUCACCGACGGGCUGGUGCUGCAAUGGAACCAGGAGAAUCCUUCUCAAAUAGUCACUGCACACGACAGGCUAGUCGCGGCCGGAUUCUCAGCAACAAAACGGGCAGUACGGCAGUGGUUUCAGCCCUUUGACACAAAAAUUGCAGUCAUUGCAGACCUCUGCAAUCUUGAUUUUCAUUAA